AUGGCAACUUUAACCAACCAAACAUCCAAGAAAGCCAUUCGCAGCCCGGGCGGGGCGUCGAAUUCUGCAGCCAAUCGAGGUUCAAGUGGACAAUCGGUUAAGUUCGCACGAAGAACGUCGAGUGGCCGAUAUGUCAGCCUAUCCAGAGAUGAUCUCGACAUGUCCGGAGAGGUAUCGGGGGAUUAUAUUAACUACACCGUCCAUAUUCCUCCAACCCCGGAUAAUCAACCGAUGGAUACAUCGAUAGCCACCAAAGCGGAGGAGCAAUACGUCGCAAACUCGCUGUUUACCGGUGGAUUCAACAGCGUCACACGAGCACAUCUCAUGGAUAAGGUGAUCGAUUCCGAGGUUACUCAUCCUCAAAUGGCUGGAGCUAAAGGCUCAUCCUGUGCCAUGCCUGCUUGUGAUGGCAAGGUCAUGAAGGACGAGCGGGGUAAAGAUAUCACUCCUUGUGAAUGCAGGUUUAGAAUUUGUCGGGAUUGCUAUCUCGAUGCAUUGAAGGACACAGGGCUUUGUCCUGGAUGCAAAGAGCCCUACAAAGUGGGUGACUAUGAUGAAGAUUCUAAUGACUAUUCUAAUGGAACAUUACAAUUAAAAGGCCAUGAUGGGUCUAAAUCAAUGAUGAAGCUAAACCAAGGUGGAGAAUUUGAUCACAACAAAUGGUUGUUUGAGUCAAAAGGAACCUAUGGUGUUGGCAAUGCAUACUUGAAUCAAGACGACGGGUACGGUGAUGGCAACGACGACAAGUUCCGUGAAGGAAUGUUGGAGUCGAUGGACAAGCCAUGGAAACCGCUGAGUCGAACGUUUCCGAUCCCGGCUAGCAUCAUAAGUCCAUACAGGCUGUUGAUAUUGAUAAGACUUGUGGUGUUGGGUUUCUUUUUGCAUUGGAGAGUGCAACAUCCAAAUGAGGAUGCAAUAUGGCUAUGGUUGAUGUCUAUAGUAUGUGAAAUAUGGUUCGCUUUCUCUUGGAUUCUCGAUCAAAUUCCGAAGGUAUGUCCCGUUAAUCGAGCUACCGAUCUUCAAGUUCUUUACGACAAGUUCGAUGCUCCGUCUCCGUUGAAUCCCACCGGGCGUUCCGAUCUCCCGGGAGUUGACAUGUUUGUAUCCACAGCGGAUCCUGAAAAGGAACCGGUUCUUGUAACGGCGAAUACGAUAUUAUCCAUUCUUGCAGCGGAUUAUCCGGUUGAAAAACUUGCUUGCUACAUCUCUGAUGAUGGAGGUGCACUCUUGACAUUCGAGGCGAUGGCGGAGGCUGCUAGCUUUGCGGAUUUGUGGGUGCCGUUUUGUCGUAAGCAUGAUAUCGAGCCGAGAAAUCCCGAAAGCUAUUUUAGUUUAAAAGUGGAUCCAACGAAGAAUAAGAGUAGGUCGGAUUUUGUGAAGGAUAGAAGGAAAAUUAAGCGAGAGUACGACGAGUUUAAGGUUCGAACAAAUGGGCUUCCCGACGCGAUUAGGAGGCGAUCGGAUGCUUUCAAUGCAAGAGAGGAGAUGAAGAUGUGGAAACACAAGAAAGAAACUGGAGGAGAUCCCAUGGAGCCAAUUAAGGUUCAAAAAGCAACAUGGAUGGCUGAUGGAAGCCAUUGGCCUGGUACUUGGGUUGUCCCUUCUGGUGACCAUUCUAAGGGUGAUCAUGCAGGAAUUCUUCAGGUGAUGUUGAAGCCUCCAAGCCACGACCCAUUAUUGGGGAGUACAGACGAGAAGAUCAUAGACUUCACAGACGUCGACAUUCGUCUUCCAAUGUUCGUAUACGUAUCUCGUGAGAAACGACCUGGAUACGAUCACAACAAAAAGGCAGGCGCCAUGAACGCCCUGGUACGAGCCUCGGCCGUGUUGUCAAAUGGUCCAUUCAUUCUCAACCUUGAUUGUGACCAUUAUGUGUAUAACUGCAAAGCCAUCAAAGAGGGAAUGUGCUUCAUGAUGGACCGUGGUGGGGAGGAUAUUUGUUACAUCCAAUUCCCUCAAAGAUUUGAAGGCAUUGAUCCUUCUGAUCGAUAUGCCAAUCAUAAUACUGUCUUCUUUGAUGGCAAUAUGAGAGCGCUCGAUGGAAUACAAGGUCCGGUGUACGUCGGAACGGGUUGUAUGUUUCGUCGCUUCGCCCUCUACGGUUUCGACCCGCCUCAACCCGAUAUGGUUAAGCCUAAAAGUGAUUCCUCUGAAACACAACCUUUGCAAACACAGCCUUUGCAAUCCACUGACUUUGAUCCUGACCUUGAUGUCAAUUUACUUCCCAAGCGUUUUGGAAAUUCUACCAUGUUGGCUGACUCGAUACCGGUUGCCGAGUUUCAAGGCCGCCCGAUUGCUGAUCAUCCUGCAGUUCGGUAUGGACGCCCUCCCGGUGUUCUUCGGGCUCCUCGUCAACCCCUCGACGCUGCAACCGUUGCUGAAUCUGUCUCCGUAAUUUCUUGCUGGUACGAGGAUAAAACGGAAUGGGGCGAGCGAGUAGGGUGGAUUUAUGGCUCGGUGACAGAGGAUGUGGUCACUGGCUACCGUAUGCACAACCGUGGAUGGCAUUCUGUUUACUGCAUCACCAAGCGCGAUGCCUUCCGUGGGUCGGCUCCAAUCAAUCUCACUGAUCGACUUCACCAAGUGCUCCGAUGGGCGACGGGUUCGGUCGAGAUUUUCUUCUCGAAAAAUAAUGCAUUGCUGGCUUCGAGACGCCUCAAAAUUCUGCAACGUCUCGCCUACCUCAACGUCGGCAUCUACCCCUUCACCUCGAUCUUCCUCAUUGUCUACUGCUUCCUCCCAGCUCUCUCCCUUUUCUCUGGCAACUUCAUUGUCCAAACACUCAAUGUCACCUUCUUGGUGUACCUUCUCAUCAUCACUGUCUGUUUAAUCUCCUUAGCCAUUUUGGAAGUCAAGUGGUCUGGCAUUGGCUUGGAAGAAUGGUGGAGAAAUGAACAGUUUUGGCUCAUUUCAGGCACGUCAGCUCACUUAGCAGCUGUGGUCCAAGGCUUAUUAAAGGUGGUAGCAGGGAUCGAGAUCUCUUUCACGUUAACAUCAAAGUCAUCAGGAGACGACGUCGAAGACAUUUACGCAGACUUAUACCUCGUGAAAUGGACGUCGUUGAUGGUUCCUCCCAUUGUGAUAGCCCUAAUGAACAUAAUAGCCAUGGUGGUAGCAUUCUCAAGAACAAUAUACAGCACAGUGCCACAAUGGAGCAAGUUCAUAGGUGGGGCUUUCUUUAGCUUCUGGGUUUUGGCUCAUUUGUAUCCUUUUGCUAAAGGGUUGAUGGGAAGAAGAGGAAAAACGCCAACAAUUGUGAUAGUUUGGUCAGGCUUGAUUGCUAUCACACUCUCUUUGUUGUGGAUAGCCAUUAGCCCACCAAAGCCAACUGCUGCUGAUGCCGCCAUUGGGGGAGGAGGCUUUGAAUUCCCAUGAACAGAUAUCAAUUAUUGGAUAUUCAUUCAAUCAAUAUCUCUGGACACACUCAUCA